AGUAAGCAUCCGCACAGUAACUAACGGGCGCAGCCACAAUCAUCCUGAUAGGGAAGCACCGCCACAGACCCCUAUCUAAUCCACCAUAAGCUCCUCCUCAUCAACUCCGCCAUCCAGUCCAUGUGAAACGUGGAGGCUCACCAGGAUCGUGGAUUUGAGACCAUGGAGCACCCUGAUAUGAACAACAACGACUCGGAUGGCUCAGGGUCAUCCGAUGAGCUUCUCCAACAAUCCUACGCCAGAUCAAACUCGAAUUUUACAGACGCUUUUGACGGCCAAGUACAAACGCCAGCUACCACAAUCUCCUCCUCGCCGCCUCCUUCGGGUCUCCCAUCCUGGGUCAGCUCCACAGCCUCACGUCCACGCGGCUCCAGUGUCGGAACCCCAGCCGUGCUUGAAAAGGCGCCACCCGGCGAAGGUCUUCCAGUGUCGGAUGUGAGGCCUCAACGUCCGGCAGGUCCCGCCAGGACACCUUCCAAUACAUACGCUCCUCAACGCCGUCCACCUCAAUACAUCAGCUUUCAGAAUGACCGCCAGAGAUCCUCCUCGACAAAACGUAACUCCAGACGGGAUCCCAACGCCCAGUACAGAGCCCAGGAAAAGGCAUAUGUUCAAAGGAUUCGUGCGGAUCCUCAGGCGUGGUACAGUCACUUUGACGAGGCCCAAAAUAUGAGCAUAGUCGGUGAUUCCGACUUAGAAGAACCAUCCCCAUCGUCAGAGGUGCCAUUUGAAGAUGACGCUUACGACCCAGAUAUUCAACUUUUCCUUACGGAUGAUAAUCAACCAACGCUUGAGGAGCUGAAGAAUCCGAAAAACCAGGAAAGACUCGAAUGGCACUCUAUGCUGGCUUCGGUAUUGAAGGGAGACGUGGUGAAGCAGGAAAAACAACGACUUCUAGGGUCUGCCGACACUAAGCGGUCGUCGGCUCAGAAUAAUGCAAUAUGGAUGGGAGUCAGGGCUAAGACAUGUGGGCGGAGUAUUGCCAUGCAGCGGAAAUUGAUCGAGGAGGCUCGCUCGGGACUUGGGCCGAUAAUUGAGGAAAUUAUCAAGUUUGAGAUCAAGGGUGAAACGGAGAUUGGCAAGCCACCAAUCAAGCAAGUUGAGGACAUCGUCGAACAGAUUGAGAAAUGUGAAAUGCUCUACUCAACGCAAAAGGAAUUGGAAGCUGCCCAUGCUCGCGUUGCUUCGGAGGAGUUCGUCUCUAGUCGUGAAGCUGUGCUGGCAUGGCAUAACACUACGAUUCUUAUCAAUACGGAGCUUGCCAUUUUGCAGAAGUGGGUCGGUAAUGAUGAGCUUGACUUUAGCAAGACGAGAGCCAAGUCUGUCAAUAGGGAUCUUACCGACGAGUCGUCCUUCCUCGACCGCAUCAUGAAAGAGGACGGGCUCAAGACCCUUCAAGGGAAGCACAAUAUGCUUCACGGCGUCAGUGAAGUCAUUCAGAAAGCUAAGAGUACCUUGAUUGAAAAUGCAAACUCUUUCGCCAAACGGCACUUGCCUCCCUACAUCGAGGAACUUCUCACGCUGAUCAACUUCCCAUCGCGUCUCAUACAAGAGAUCAUCCGUGUUCGACUAUCUUAUGCUAAAAAUAUGAGAGACCCUGCACAGCAAUCGCCUAUCCUGGUCGACCAAAUGAUUUCGCAAUUUCAGAUUCUGAUGAGGGUUGCGGUCGACCUCAAGCAACGCUACUUGGACAUCGCGAAACCGGAACCGGGCUGGGACCUGCCCCCUUGCAUUGACGAGAACUUCGACUCGGUCGUUCUAGAUGCCUUGAAAUACUACUUCCGGCUCCUGAAUUGGAAACUAAAUGCGAAUAAAAACACAUUUAAAGAAGCGGAGAUUCUCGAACAAGAUUGGGAGUUCUCCAAUCACAUCGGUCGUCAGCUUGAAGGUGGAGAUAUUGAAGUGGCCGAACAGUUCAGUGCAUUGACCGCAAAGUCCCUCCAACGCUUGAUGAUCCAUUUUGAACGAGAACUGGUAAUACACCAAAAUGAGGACCCGGCCGACAUGGACAAACGUUACAAGAGCGUCCUGGAUUCAACCCGGAUUCGCCAGCGAAAGCUCUACCGUUUCUCCCGUUUCCUUCGGCAGCUCUUCGAGAAUGCUACAGAAUACAAUAUCCCGGCAGAUGUUUCCUAUGAGUUCUUUGAGUCGCUCCUGAUCUCCGACCAUUUCCUAAUCAAGUCAAAUGCAUCUACUGGGCAAAAAGGGGUUUAUCUGUUUGCGCAUCAAGCGCUGUGGAAUCGCCCUGGCGACAUUCGAGCUAUUUUAGGAACAUCUUUUCGUGAAGAGGAUGUCCCCAAAGACUCGCCUCAUGUGCCAUAUAUCCUAGUAGUUCGCCCGGAAAAGCCCCUGAACUGGGCUGGCAAGGAAAUGCAAGUGGGCUUGUUGGAGCAACCUACGGACCUACGACUGGGAAAACUGCGUCUCGUCGUUGAGGGCACACAACAACGCUUGUCUAAUGCAAGACAGGAACUGUCUCAGUUGACUGGGAUGCAGCUGGACAUGACAAUUGAACAACGCGCUAAUCUUGGACGGGUGAAUGUGGAGCUAAACAAGAUCAAGAAAAUCUCGUUCAAGCUGUCUAUGACUAUCAUGGAUAGUGUAGCGAUCAUUAGAAAUCAACUGAAAGAAAGGGGGGUGGAAAAUCACGAUCUCAUCCAAGCGUGCUACGCCUUUGCUACUGAAUUCGGCAAGCGCUCGUCCAAUGUUGAUCCGAACAGGCGUGCAAUGAAUAGCGCCAGACUCGUUGAGUUGUCACUCGACUGGGUGUCUUUCAUUUGUGAUGAUUGUGACGCCGCUGAUAGAAAAACUUUCAAGUGGGCUGUGUCAGCAUUAGAGUUCGCAAUGGCUAUAACCUCCAGCAGGCAUCUUCUGUCCAUGGAUGAUAUUCAAUUUGCUCUAUUGAGGCAGAAGGUAGCCGGGUGCAUGUCGCUUCUUAUUUCUCAUUUUGAUAUCAUGGGUGCUCGGUCUUCACGUGCAGCUCAGGCUGAGAAGCAGCGCAUGGAGGAGCGUGCAGGCGGAAGGAAAUUUGGCUCCGGUCGGAUUCUGACAGAUGCAGAAGCGACUAAGCUUGUUCGUGAGCAACGUCUAACCCACUUACAAGAUAUUGAAGACCGGAGAGUGGAAGAAGAUGCGAAACGUCAGGCCCUAGGACGGGUGCUGGAAGGAUCUAAUGAGGCCGACAGGUCUCUCGCCGUGUUGUCAUCGUCUGCCACCAAUGUCACUCUUCGAUGGCAACAAGGCCAGUUCAUCGGUGGCGGAACGUUCGGCUCUGUUUACGCUGCUAUCAAUCUCGAUAGCAAUUAUCUCAUGGCGGUCAAGGAAAUCCGACUGCAAGAUCCUCAGCUCAUCCCCAAAAUUGCCCAGCAGAUCCGCGACGAAAUGGGCGUUCUCGAGGUGUUGGACCACCCUAACAUCGUUUCAUACCAUGGCAUCGAAGUUCACCGCGACAAAGUCUAUAUUUUCAUGGAGUAUUGUUCGGGUGGAUCUCUUGCUAGCUUGCUUGAGCAUGGCCGUGUUGAGGACGAGACUGUCAUUAUGGUGUAUGCUCUCCAGCUUCUGGAAGGAUUGGCAUACCUGCAUCAGGCUGGUAUUGUCCAUAGGGACAUUAAGCCGGAAAAUAUUUUGCUAGACCAUAACGGCAUUAUCAAAUAUGUCGACUUUGGCGCGGCCAAGAUCAUCGCUCGCCAAGGCAGGACUGUUGUUCCCAUGGAUGCUUUCGCCUCAGCGGGUCAUAAGGAGGCUAUAGUGCCGAAGGAUGCCCAAAUCGCGAACCAAAGGGGCAAGAACCAAAAAACAAUGACCGGAACACCAAUGUACAUGUCGCCCGAAGUGAUUCGUGGCGACUCCAACAAGCUGAUCCACCGCCAAGGGGCGGUUGAUAUUUGGUCCUUGGGUUGUGUGAUCUUAGAAAUGGCGACUGGUCGUCGUCCCUGGUCCGCUUUGGACAACGAGUGGGCCAUUAUGUACAAUAUUGCCCAAGGAAAUCAGCCUCAGUUACCGACCCAUGAUCAACUCAGCGACACGGGCAUCGACUUCGUCCGCCGGUGCUUCGAAUGCGAUCCUUUGAAGAGACCUACUGCAGCAGAGUUGCUCCAGCACGAAUGGAUAGUCUCAAUCAGACAACAGGUCGUACUUGAACCACCAACACCUAGCAGUGAUCACAGUAGCAGCAUAAGCAGUUCCACCUCGGGCAGCCGUCAGAAUUCGAGCUAUAUGUGAUCUUGUUCUAUCCUCUGUUUCUUUCUGUCACAUGUACAUUCUAACCCAUUCUUUGAUCCUGAACAAUACUUCUUCUCUUUCUCUUUUCUUUCCCUUCUUCUUCACCGAAAAGUUCUGCACAUGAUCACAAAACUAUCUCCCUACCACAUCAACAGAUUGCGUUUGAUACC